UGAAACUGAGCAGAGAUGCUGAUUAUUUAAGUCACCUCCCAAGCGACCGACGAUCAGUUGCCGGACCACUGGGGACAAGUUAAGAUCGCGGGAAGCUAACCGAGGCGGAGAAAUUUAAAGAGAAAGGUGAAAUUUGCACUGCCAUUGCAAAAAUGAUGAACUGGAUUUGUGUGGUGAUGAUCGCGACGCUGCUGGAAGUGGCCCAGGCCCAACGACCCGCCUUUGCGGGCUUGCGUCCGCCGGGUGGACUCAGCCAGAAGGACAAGUACCAUGCCCCGCAGAAUACGGCAGCAGAGAACAUCACCGGAGUAGAUAUAGUGUCGAGAUUCGGCGAACCCUCACCCACCCAGCAGACGACCAUCAUCGAUUUGCCCCAUGGUGCAGUCCAAAGGCCUCCCAGCGGAGUCCCCCUAGUGCUGCCCAUCAGCGCCUACGUUCCCGAUCCUCAGCCAUCACGUCCAGUCGUCCCAGCCGUGGUCAAUCGCUUUGGUGAAGCGGAUGCCAGCUCACCUGCGCCAGCCAUCCCAGCCAUCCCAGCCCUCCCAGCCAGCUCACCUGCUCCUACUGCUGGUGCCCCAAUCUUCACUGGCAGCUCCCCCGUUUCCGCGGCCAGUUCUCCGAUUCCAGCAGCCAGUACUUCUCUCGUCGGCCUGCCAAUCGAUGCCCAUGGCGACCAGGAGUAUGUGAAUCACCUCAAUAGCCUUCCCCUGGAGAACCAGCCAUUCUGGUUCAUCAACUAUCAGGCCAUUGAGGCGUUGAGGAAUAGCUCCAGGCCAAAUGUGGGAGCUCUGGAGACGCGGGGAUCUUUCUUUCGCGGCUAAAACUUGAAUCUGUCCGCUUAGUUUUGUGUAUGAAAUUAUAAUAAUAUAAUUAUUUAUUUAUUUGUA